UUUCCCGAACUGGAGCAAGGCCUAGUUUUAUCUUCCUGGUACAUCAAAAUUCAAACAAGAGCGCAGAUUUUAGUAAGUGUUUUUGUGAAAACAGUCAUAUAAGCUCGUGGUCAAAAGAAGCUUCACAAUUGAGAUGGGUGUGAAGGAUCUGUGGAAGGUCUUGUCCCCCGUGGCACAGAAGUCUGUCCCUGUGAAAUCUUUGGCAGGAAAAACCCUGGCAGUAGACCUCAGUGGGUGGAUCGUGGAAUUCAGAAGUAAUCAGACCGUUCCUCACCUAUAUCUCAGGACAUUGUACCAGAGAACAACUAGGCUGAUGAAGGCCGGAGUAAAACUGGUAUUUAUUGCUGAUGGAGUAGCCCCUGAAUGUAAGAGAGACACAAUAUUGGCUCGCAAUAAAGAUGGAUUUGCAUCCAGCAAGCCACACAGACAGUGGUUUAAUUCAAUCACUGAAAAGUGUUUUGCUGUGUUAGAGUGCCUUGGGUUGCCUUGUGUUCAGGCACCAGGAGAAGCCGAGGCCUACUGUGCCUGGUUAAACAACACUGGGAAAGUUGAUGGUAUCCUCACUGAAGAUGCAGAUGCCUUUCUUUAUGGAGGCAAAGUUGUAUACAAAAAUUUACAUGCAUUAAACAAGCAUGAAUAUUUAGUUGAUGUCUAUGACAUUAGAGAUACUGAAAAUAAACUUGAGCUGACAAGGGAGACCUUGGUUGCUAUGGCAAUGCUAGUUGGUUUUGACUAUGACAAAGGACUGAGAGAUAUUGGAAUAGAGAAAGCUCAGGAAUUGUUUAGAGAAAUGGCAUGCAACCAGCAAGAUCCAUUAACAAGGAUAACAGGCUGGAGAACAAAUAAAGAACUGGAAAGACUGUCAACAUCAACAGAGAAAAGAGAGGCCCAUUGUAAACAAUGUCAACAUAAAGGAACAAAGAACCAGCAUGAGAAGGAGGGAUGCACUGACUGUAAUUUGAAAAUAUCAUGUGAUCAAAGUUCAAAAGUCAAAUGUUCCUGUGGAGGAGUAUUUCACGAGAAGGAAAAGCAUAGAUUAGAACUGAGAUGUUACCAAAAAGCCAUAAAGAAUCAUUCUUUUCCAAACAAAAAGGUGGUGGAUGAGUUUCUUCAUUCCACUGAUAAUUUGACAGAGACUAGCUUUGAGUGGAAAAGAAUUGAUAUUAACAAAUUAAAAAAUCAAGUCCCUUGGGUGCGUUAUGAAGAUAUAGCAGAACUUCUUGUGCAGCUUAAAAUGAUAGGUUUAUCCUGCUUCACAGAUGCAGAAUCAAUUAUUAGACCUUUGAGAAUAUUAAACAAAUGCCAACAGAAUUUUGUGAAAUGUUUUGAAGUCCAGUGGACCAAACUGGAUGUUGACAGCCAAUCACAAGGUGAUUGUUAUACAUUCAUUGUUGAUCAAGAGCCCUUUAAGAGGUUGUACAAAAAUGUAGUCGUACAGUAUCAGACAGAAGUGGAAGAAGAAAACAAAAGGAAAGAGAGAGAGAGACAGAUAAAAAGAGGCAAGAAAAGACAGGCUACUGGAACUUUGGAUGGAAAAUCCACAUUGAUGACAGAUUAUUUUAAAGUGAAGAAAAAGUCUUCACCACCCCCACCAGAAGUUGAAUAGAACAUUCAACCGUGAGCCUACAUGAAAAUUAGCGGAGAAAUGAUAGGGGCCCCAUGAAGCUGUCUUACUGUAAUGGAUCAAGUCAACCAAAAACACACACUAUGAUUAAGGUUAUCAUCAUAUAAACUUAGCUUUAAUGUUUGACAUUAUAGUCAAUUGUUCAUUCUAAUGAUGUGAUUAUACUUGACUGUACAUUGUGACUAUAUACAUGCCAUUUUACUCUCUAGUCAUUAAGCAGCUAGACUUCUCCUAGUCAAAAUAUUAAAUCACAGAAAUUCAUCAAAAAUGUUACAAGAAAUUGUUGAAUUUCAUUAUUUACAUGUAAAAAUGUAUAAAUUAUUAUAAUAAUUAUAGUCUGCCAAAUUUUUGAUACAUCUUUUCUUUUUAUCUUUAAUACUAGUAUGCUUAUACUUUGAAUGUCUUUCAAAAUGAAGUUUUUAAGAAAUUGAAAUUAUGUUUUUUUAUGAUUGUAUAUUCUGAAGAUGAAAUAUUUCAUCUAUACCGUUGACCUGGAUGUGUUAUUUAAAACACAAUUCAAUCAUAAAUUUCAUCAAAAAAAAUUUGCACACUGGUGUUGACAGUUAACAAGUUCAUGUAGAAAAGCUACCAGUAUAUGUAAUGUCAGACUGGUGUUAAAUUCAUGUAGAUA